AAAACUCACUCACUUGUAAUCAUAGUAGCAACUUCAACUACUGAUAUCAAUUAUAACAAAACAUUGAAGGAUUAUUAGGGAAGUUGUAGUUUGAAACUGCACCAAUUAUAUAUACAACAUGUGUCGUGGAACUUUUGUGGUUGCAACCACUGUUGGAGUGGUGGAGGCGUUGAAGGAUCAAGGGUAUUGCAAAAUGAACAGCACAAUGAUGAAGUUGGUGGCUCAACAUGCCAAGAACCACAUAGGGUCAGUAACUGAGGCCAAGAAGCUGGCUUCUCCUUCUCCUUCUCCUUCUACUUCUUCUUCUUCAGUAACUUCAAAUAACCUGAGAGAUGAUGAGAAGAGAAGGAUGGCAGAGGAGUCUCUCAGAACAGUUAUGUAUUUGAGCACAUGGGGUCCUAAUUCUUAGAGUUAGAAAACAUUAGAUUAAUAUCAUAAAUAUUUAGCAUAAUUCAGCAGGGCACAAAAAAUAUGAUGCCAGUGAUCAGCUCAGCCACUUAAUUCUAUAAAACUGGAGAGUGCUCAUAACAUAUAUAGCACUCUUGGUGCACUGAUUGUGCAAGGUUUUGAUCCUCAUUAAUUGUUGGUGGGUGUGUAUUGCGAUUUGGAUGUGACUGUAAAUUGCCAUAUCAAUAAAAAGUUACGUGCUUUGGCACGGAAAUUAUUGUGUGAUUU